AUGCCUGGGGGCCCGGGCGCGCCCUCCUCUCCCGCAGCAUCCGCAGGUUCCUUCCGUGACGCGCCGUCGGGGAUCGCGGCGUGCCCGCCGCCCCCGCUCCCCCUGGCCCGGGGGUCUCCACCGGCCUCCGGUCCCCGACGCGGCGCCAGUGUCCCGCAGAAGCUGGCGGAGACUCUGAGCAGCCAGUACGGGUUGAAUGUGUUCGUGGCGGGGCUGCUGUUCCUGCUGGCCUGGGCGGUGCACGCGGCGGGUGUGGGCAAGAGCGACCUGCUGUGCGUGCUGACGGCGCUCAUGCUCCUGCAGCUGCUCUGGAUGCUGUGGUACGUGGGCCGCAGCUACGUGCAGCGCCGCCUCAUCCGCCCCAAGGACACGCACGCGGGCGCGCGCUGGCUCCGUGGAAGCAUCACAUUGUUUGCAUUCAUCACCAUCAUCCUGGGAUGCUUGAAAGUCGCAUACUUCAUUGGAUUUUCAGCGUGUUUGUCAGCCACAGAGGGCGUUUUCCCAGUCACCCAUGCAGUGCAUACACUGUUGCAGGUCUAUUUUCUCUGGGGCCAUGCUAAGGAUAUUAUCCUGUCUUUCAAAACCUUGGAAAGGUUCGGGGUGAUCCACUCGGUGUUCACGAACCUGCUGCUGUGGGCCAACAGCGUCCUGAAUGAAUCAAAGCACCAACUGAAUGAACACAAGGAACGGCUUAUAACGCUGGGCUUCGGCAAUAUCACCAUAGUUUUGGAUGACCACACACCACAGUGUAACUGCACACCACCUGCCCUCUGCUCUGCCCUCUCCCAUGGGAUCUACUAUCUGUACCCCUUCAACAUCGAGUACCAGAUCCUGGCCUCUACCAUGCUCUACGUGCUGUGGAAGAACAUUGGGCGCAGGGUGGACAACUCCCGGCACCAGAAGAUGCAGUGUAGAUUCGAUGGGGUCCUGGUGGGCUCCGUGCUGGGCCUGACGGUACUGGCUGCCACCAUCACAGUGGUUGUGGUGUACAUGAUCCACAUCGGGCGCUCCAAGUCCAAGAGCGAGUCGGCACUCAUCUUGUUCUAUUUGUAUGCUAUCACCGUGCUACUGCUCAUGGGGGCGACCUCUUUAAAUGGAGACAUUUACACCCCCCCAUAUUGGCUUACCACAACCUGUUCUAUGGGAUAG